AUGGCGGGGAAUUCGAUGAGCCUAGCGACGCGGGAGGAGAGGAGGCCGUGGCUGUGGGAGGCCAGGUCCUCGACCUGGUUUAUCGUCCUGACGGUUUCGUCGGGUGUCUUUACUGACAUGUUCCUCUACGGGGUCAUUAUCCCCGUGAUCCCCGACGCAGUAGUAUCUCGCGCAAACGUCGCGCCUGAGGACCGCCAAGACUGGGUCGCCAUCCUCCUCGUAGCGGAAGCAAUAACCUACCUCGCUACAUCCCCUCUCUUCGGCCUCAUCGCGGACCGCACUCGCUCCCGCAAGAUCCCCUACCUCACCGGCCUGAUUCUGCUCUCGCUCUCACUCGCCAUACAAACGGUUUCGCACUCCACUACGAUGUACAUGAUCGGGCGUGCACUUCAAGGUGCGAGCGCAGCAGCCGUAUGGGUCGUUGGACUAGCUAUUGUCUGUGAUACCGUCAGCUCGAAAGAGAUUGGCAAGUACAUGGGAUACGUCAGCCUCGCUAUAAGCGUCGGAGAACUGACGGGCCCAUUGCUAGGUGGCGUCGUGUACGAGUAUGGCGGAUACUACUCCGUGUUUGGGAUGGGCUUUGCAGUGUUGGGGAUUGAUGCUGCGUUGAGAGGCAUGAUGAUCGAGAGAAAAGUUGCCGAGCAAUGGCUUUCCGGGUCCGACCGCAAGCAGGCUGAUGCUCAAUUCGGGACACCCACGGUAGUUCCUCUGCUGCAGGCCUCCCCAAGUGAGACUUCAGAGUCGAGUAUGGAGGCAGUAGCUUGGAGGACCAAGAGCUCUCACACAGGCGGCGGCAACGAGGAGGCUCCUACGAGGCGGAAAAAGGAUGAACUCAACAUGUUGUCUCUGCUCAAGAUUCCCCAUCUCCUCUUCACACUCUGGGCCUGCAUGGUCCCAACCCUCAUCCUCGCCGCCUUCGAAUCUACCCUCCCCAUAACCGUCUUCAAGCUCUUCAACUGGUCCUCUCUCGGCGCCGGCUUGAUCUUUAUCCCGCUCACCCUACCGUCCUUUCUCUCCCCUAUAACCGGCGCCCUCUCCGAUACCUAUGGCUGUCGACUCGGCACCACCUUCGGCUUCCUCGGGAUGGUGCCACCGCUCGUUUGCCUCCGGUUCGUGGAGGACGGCAACACGCUCGCCCAGAAAAUGCUGCUGUGCGUGCUGCUCGCCAUCGUCGGCGUGAUGAUGACGCUAGUGUUUGCGCCGACCAUGGCCGAGGUCGAGCGGAUCGUGGCCGGGAAAGAGGCCGAGAUUGACGACGCUGCAGAGGGUGACGGUGGCGCGGACAUGGGCCGGUGCAGGGCCACGGCCUACGCGCUGCUCAACAUGGCGUACGCGGUCGGGAUCCUCGGCGGGCCGGUCGUGGGCGCGUCGCUGCAGCAGGAGGGCGGGCUAGCGAUGCUGGGCUGGGUGCUGGGACUGAUGUGUGUCGCCUCGGCCGUGAGCUCGUUCCUCAUGGUUGAUGGCUGGAUCGGCGUCGGUGUGACGCGGCGGAAGACCCCGUCGUCGUCGUCGUCGUCGUCGUUGAAAAGCAGCGUGAGAAGUGUCCGGAAUAAUAGCUUGCCUCUCAAAUCAGACCACCUCUGGCUGCUCGAGGAUGAGGAGCCGGGGUGGCAUACGUAG